AUGCUUGAAACAGAAUUGCCAAACAUGUUCACUCGAAAAUGCUCCAGGAUAUGGCAUAGUUCUCGCCACCGACCACUACUGCUUGUUUUGCUCAUAGCCCUCUACACCCUCUAUCAUCUAGUACCCCGGAACACAACCGAUUAUUUCUCGGACUUUUUGAAUGCGGAAGCGGAUGCGUCACCCGAAUUAUGGAAUGAAAGGGCGGAGCAAGUGAAGCAAGCUUUUGUUCAUGCGUACCAUGGGUACGAGCGGUAUGCGUUGCCCAAUGAUGAGCUGAAGCCCAUAACUCGUGGCAAAAUCGACAACUUCAACGGAUGGGGAGUAACCGUUUUUGACUCCCUUGAUACUAUCUACCUUCUGGGACUCAAGGACGAAUUCGAAAGGGCGCUCAGAGUGGUUAAACAAACCAAUUUUUCUAUCUCCGUGGGAAAUGAUAUUGAUGGAUUUGCGCCAUAUUUCGAAACGGUCAUCCGUUAUCUCGGAGGCCUUCUCUCCGCGUACGCCCUUUCCAAAGAUCAUAUGCUCCUUGAGCGUGCCGAAGAUCUCGCAAUAGUUCUAGAUCCCGUCUUCGACACUCCCAGUGGGAUGCCGUUUUAUAGCGUGAACCCUACAACUGGUGAGCACAAGGGGCCGGAAAUUGGCAUCCUGGCCGAGAUUGCCAGUUUGCAAAUCGAAUAUACCUAUUUAGCCAAGGCAACGGGUAAGAAGCAAUACUUUCAGCGUGCGGAUGCGGUGUCCAAGACUCUUGCUCGAGCCAAUCUGCGUGACACUGGCGGAAUGUUCCCUAUACAAUGGAACCUCACGUCUGGGCAACCCAUUGGCUACCGUCUUUCCGUUGGCGCGCAAGCAGAUAGUGCACAUGAAUACUUGCUGAAACAAUAUCUACUCACAGCAAAAACAGACAAGGCUAGCCUUGAAAUGUAUCUUCGCGCUACCACUCACAUCAUUACUAAUUUGAUGUAUAUUUCCCCGACCCGACAUCUUGCAUACGUCACUGACUCCGCCACGUCCACAUUUUGGGAACUUGGUGAACCAACUCACAUCUUUGAGCACCUGUCAUGCUUCCUUCCAGGCAUGCUUGCGCUAGGAGCACACACACUCCCUCUUGACAACCUUGAUGAGGUUGGCAUUAGCUUCCAAAACCUUGGAGAUCAGGCAACGUUUGGAUACGCAGCGAAAGGAUUCAAGACUCUUAGAAAUUACAAUUUGACAGAAAUUCAUUUGUGGGCCGCCGAGAGUCUUGCACAGACUUGUUGGCUAACCUACGCCGACCAACCUAGUGGUCUGGGGCCCGAUGAAAUCACGAUGAAGACUAUUCAUUACGACAGUCCUUCCGAAAGCUAUCUGUGGAUUAAAGCAGUCGAGAAGUGGAGGACAACUGGACGAAGGGGUCCGGUCCCAGGCGUGGCUGAUCGCAAGCCUGUUGUUUAUACUGAGAGGGAGAGGUUAUCUGGAAAGGGUGUGGGUAGGGACUACGUGCUCAGGAAGCCAGGAUAUCUGCUUAGGCCAGAGACUCUUGAGUCGUUGUACAUUCUUUGGCGAGUAACGGGAGAUUCAAAAUGGAGAACACGAUCUUGGACGAUAUUUGAGGCCAUCGAGAGGGAGACCAAGACGCCGAGUGGGUACGCAAGCCUGCGGUCGGUCGAGAUGUCACCUGCUCCGAAGGAGGACAGUAUGCCAAGUUAUUUUUUGGCAGAAACGUUGAAAUAUCUGUACUUGAUGUUCAGCGUGAAAGACCCCCUACCACUGAACGAAUGGGUAUUCAACACGGAAGCUCACCCCUUUCCGGUUUUUGAGUGGAGUGAGGAAGAGAAAAAGGCUUUCGAGAUGUAA